AUGGCUAGGUUUUGGUGGAAGUCCCACACGGACAAAAACGACAUUCAUUGGGCUAGCUGGACAAAACUAUCUCAGCUCAAAAAGGCAGGCGGUUUGGGCUUCCGUGAUCUCCAAUGUUUCAAUAUGGCUUUACUUGCGAAGAUUGGUUGGCGUAUUUUGCAUAACCCAAGCUCUUUGCUUGCAUGCUCGCUCCAUGACAAGUAUUUUGUCGGGGCGUCCUUCCUCACUGCUACCUCUCAAAAAUCAUCCUCCUGGGGAUGGAAAGGUAUUCUCCAAGGGCGCCGUCUGCUUGAGUCUGGAUUGCAUUGGCGUAUAGGAGAUGACACUACAGUCCAGGUACGGAGCGGGCUGGCUCAAUCUUCAGUUUGGAAAUCAGUUUGGCAUGUUGAUGCACCUCCCAAGCUCAAAGCCUUCAUUUGGCGUGGUUGCUCCAACAUUCUUGCAGUGAGGCACAAUUCGCACAGGCGGAGUGUACCGUGCACCGGGGAAUGUGGCUUUUGUGGCUUUCAGGAUGAAACUCAGGCUCAUAUUUUUUUCGAAUGUGACUUUGCCCGUGCCUUCUGGUUUGCCAGCCCUCUUCAACUUGACGUGAGCAAGUUAGCGGGUGAGGAUUUUAUUUCUACUUGGCAACAUAUGAUGACAACGCUCAACUCAUCUGAGCAUGCGGCAGAGGCUAUUCAGUGGUUUGUUUUUGGGCUGUGGCGAAUCUGGAAAGCCAGGAAUUUAGCGGUCUUUGACGGUGUGCAGGCUGACCCUACUGAGGCUGUUCUCCUUCUACUCAAGCAGGUUAGUGAAUUCCGUACUGCUAAACAGGACCUCCAGCCCCAGCCUCUCCAACCUGUCAGCAGUCCUGCUCCCCUGAGCUGGUGUAAACCUCCGCCCGGUCUUCUUAAAGUAAACUCUGAUGCCGCAUGGUCUGCUCAGCGGAUGGGUGGGGGUGUUGGCUGGGUCAUACGGGAUUCUUUCGGUUUAUUGCUAUGUGCGGGUGGACAGGGAGACCUUCAUGGUUCCUCCGCUCUUAUGAUGGAACUUCUAGCUAUUCGCCAUGCGCUCAGUGAGUGUGCUAAUUUUCAUCUCACAGACAUUAUUGUGGAGUCAGAUUCUCAAAAAGGUAUCUUAAUGCUUAAUGGUCGGGCUACAGUGGACUCAGACUUGGAGGGGAUUGUCUUUGAUAUCAGGCAGUUGGUGGCUUCUCUUUCUCGGGUUUCCUUUGUGUUUGCUCCUAGUUCCUGUAACCAGGCUACCCAUUCUGUUGCGGGUUUUGUCUCUAAGCAGGGGGGUAAUCAUGUUUGGGAUCAUCUAGGAACUAAUUGGCUUUUUAAUUUUCUUACCUCUGAUGUAAACCUUCACCUUCGUUAUUAA